AUUAAACUUGAAUUUUUUACUAUUAUUGCUUCCCAAAAGUCAUAUUUGGUGUGUCAUAAUUAAAAUUAUUGUUUGAAUAGUAAACAGCUGGUUAUCAAAAGUCAAAUAAGAUUAUUUGGUAAGUGAUUUGUUUAAAUUCAGCGGAGUUUUGGGUUUUGGGAACAGUCAGUUAAGUGGAGUUGAAGGGAAGUGAAUUAUCAAAACUAAGAAAGGAUAUUCAGAGGUCUAAUAAUGGCUUUGAGACUCAUUCUAAUCACAUUCGCGAUUCUAUUCGCAACUUCAUUCACAUUUGCUGAAGAUUUGACAAUCAAUUGCCUUUAUGUGCCCGAUAAGCAAGUCUAUGUCUCAAAAACGGACAAGUUCUUAACAUGUAAUUUAAAAAGUAACUUAACAGCGACUGCAACUGUCACAGAAGCUAUUGGUGAGCCAGGAACAACAUUACCGACUGAUGUUAAAAUUUUUGAAGUCACGGAAGUGCUGAUCCAACGAAUCCCAAAAGGAUUAAAAACAGUUUUCGCAAAUUUAAUUGGAAUCAAGAUCCACAAUACAGAAUUCAACUAUUUAAGUAAAGAUGACCUGACUGAGUACGCUUUGUUGCAGUUUUUGGAGAUAUCAAACUCAAAGCUGUCCGUCAUUCUGGGUGACACAUUUUCUGAAAGUACAAAAUUAGAGCUGAUUGAUUUUUCUGGCAAUUCUAUUUUCUACAUUGGUGCUGCUGCAUUUGAUGAUCUAACAGUAUUGACAUAUUUGAAUUUUAAUCAAACUUUAUGUCUAUUAGACGAAGAUGGUGUUGCUGAUACAGAUGCUAAAAUUACAGCAUUAAAAGCUUUACUACCAGAUAAAUGUGGAGCAUCCCAAGUAGACAUGGCACUUACAGCUGUAAUGAAAAACUAUCUUGAUGCCAUUGAAGCAUCUCAAAAUUGUGGCAUUGAUAAUCCAGAAGAAGAAUGUCCAGAUGAAUGUGAGACUCAACUUGCAGAAUGUCAGGAAAAAUACAAUAAUCAAACAAAAUUACUCGAAACCUGCAACAGUGACAUCAAGAAGCUAGAUGAUGAGAACAAGGAAUUACAAAAUACAAUUGAUGAUCUCGAAAGUCAAUCCUGUGAAUCUGGAAAUGGCACUUGUAACUUUAAACUCGUAUCAAAUGUCUAUUCAUGCAUUGCUGGCAAACUUUCCAUCAAAACAGCAGCAGAACAGACUGUAAAUUGGACAGGAACACAUGCAACUGGAAAGAACAACGAUGCAGUGCUGUCUAUGACCAUUAAUUCACAGACAAUUGAGAUUUUGCCACUUAACAUUGGAACUGUCUUUAAAAAUCUUAAAACUCUCAUUAUCAGAAAUUCUGGAUUGACUAAAAUUAAAGCUGGUGACUUCAAGACAUUGACGAAGCUGGAAACUUUGGAGAUUACAGGCAACAACAUUGCAUCAAUCGAUGCUACAGCCUUUUCAGGACUUACAGCUUUGACAAAAAUCGACUUGUCUGCUAAUAAGCUUACAGAAUUGCCAUCAAAGGUCUUUGAUGCCCUCCUAAAAUUGAGCAUCAUCAAUCUUAGUGACAAUGACAUGAAAAUCCGCUAUGACGUCAUCAAUGCAAACAAUACAAUUGCUGAAGCUUACCUUAUGAACAAUAAUGCAAUCGUACCUUUCGACAAGACCUUUAUUUGGAGAUUGCAAAAGGCUCAAAAGAUUGAUUUGAGUGGAACUGGAUGUGAUUAUUCUUUAGACAAAACACAGCCUAAUCCACCAACUUUUAUGGUUUUUUAUUAUAAUAUUAUUUCGAAUUGUUAAAUUUAUUUUUUAGUUCACCUUUUUGGCACAUUUGCAACUUUAAUAAAAGCUAUUAAAUUUUAA